GCAAACGCUCAUUGAAAAUCGAGAGUGUUGGAAAGAUAACUCAUUUUCUUUAAUGAAGUAAUGUCGGGCAGCUUCUAUCAACCAAUGGAUAAUCCGGAUCACAGAGUUAGUUGGGCAGGGUCCGGAGAUGCUGGGCCGAGCAAACGAAGUGUGGGUCACGGGAGGAACGGAAAUGGUCGCAUGUCACCUAAUUCUCCUCUGAAACGGUUUGGUCAGGCCAAGAAAUCCAUCAAUGACAUAUUCAAAGACGUACAAGAAUUCAUCAAAGAUGCGGACACAUUUGUGGAAGGUAUCGGCAGCAGUGGUCACAUGGAGGGGGUCACGUGUCAACAGAAGGUCAGGGAGCAUAGAGAGAAGGUGCGCAGUAUUAUGGAGGUGCUUGCGAGAGACCACAUGAAGGUCGUCUUCUUUGGGAGGACGUCGAACGGCAAGAGUACGACUAUUAAUGCCAUGUUACGUGAGAAGAUAUUGCCGACGGGUAUCGGGCACACAACCAACUGUUUCCUGCAGGUGGAGGGCUCAGACACACAGGAGGGCUAUCUACUCACAGAGGAGGAGCCAGACCAACCCAAGAGUAUGGAGUCCAUUAAGCAGCUGGCCAGUGCCCUAAGCAAUGUGAAGCUGAAGGAGAGUUCACUGAUUCGUAUCUUGUGGCCAAAGACCAAGUGUCGACUUCUCAGGGAGGAGGUUGUACUCGUGGACAGCCCAGGGAUAGAUGUAACCCCGAAUCUGGACCUGUGGAUUGACAAGUUCUGUCUGGAUGCUGACGUGUUUGUGCUGGUGUCAAAUGCAGAGUCCACUCUGAUGCAGGCAGAGAAGAAGUUCUUCCACAAGGUGAGCGAGCGCCUCUCCAACCCAAACAUUUUCAUCCUGCUCAACCGCUGGGAUAUCUCUGUGUUUGAAGACGAUGUGGAGGAGGUCAAACAACAACACCUCGACCGUAAUCUUGAGUUCCUGUGCGAUGAGCUCAAGGUCAUGGGUCACGAUGAAGGACUUGAACGCGUGUUUUUCGUCUCUUCACGAGAGGCGCUUGCCUCACGUCUCAAAGAGCAGGGCACCCCCACGCCCACUGGGGUAAUGCAGGAGGGAUUUCAAGAACGUCUCUUCACUUUUGCAACAUUUGAAAGAGUCUUUGAGGAGUGCAUAUCAAAGUCUGCAGUGAAGACCAAGUUUGAGCAGCACACCAAGCGGGGCAAGAGCAUCACGACAGAGUUACGGGUCUUGAUGGAGGACAUACUCAAGCAGAGUCUGCAACAACAUGACCAGAUGGUGACUGUACGGAGAGAGAUGGCCGAUGAGUUGGACUACAUGGAGAAGCAGCUGUCCCUGCUGACAUGUGAGAUCAAGGACAAGAUCAAGAACAUUGUGGAGGACGUGGAGAAUAAGGUUGCCAUGACACUGAAGGAUGAGAUCCGUCGCCUAGCGAUCCUGGUGGACGAGUUUGACCGGCCAUUCCAUGUUGACCAGACCUCCAUGGACAUAUAUAAGCAGGAGUUGCAUGCACACAUUGAGAGUGGCCUUGGACGCAAUGUGCAAUCUAGAUGUGCUGUUACUCUUCAGACCGCUUUAGAAACCACCCAGCGGGAAAUGACAGGAAAAACAUUUUGUUGGAUAAAGCGAAUGUCAGCCCUCCUCCCUGAAGAGUCUCAACAGCAAAUCCACAAUGUAAUGCCGCGUAGAGACUUUGAGGUUGCCUACCGUCUCGACUGUCGCAACCUGUGUGCAGAGUUCCAGGAGGACAUCACUUUCCACUUUACCCUCGCACCCAGGAACAUUCUUCGUUGGAUGUUUGGCAAGCGUAUGGUGUUGCCUCCUCGUAGGUUUGAAGAUAUUCCACGCCCGCUACCAGUCAACCCCCAGGAGCCUCGCCAUUUUGUUGUGCCAGAUGAGGACAAUGCUGACUUACUUAUGAACAUGGUCAGCAUGGCUGGGUCAGUGGGUCAGAAGACAGCCCUGGGCGGACUGAUCAUCCUUGGAGUGGUGUACAAGGCCGUGGGCUGGAAGGUUCUGGCUGUGAGUUUGUGUGGCUACAUGGGUCUGUACUGUUUUGAGCGUGUGCGCUGGACCACGAAGGCAAAGGAGCGAGCGUUCAAGGCGCAAUACGUGGACUACGCUGGAAGCAAGUUGAAACUGAUUGUUGACCUUACCAGCUCAAACUGCAGCCACCAAGUACAGCAAGAACUGAGUUCUACCUUUGCCCGCCUAUGUAAUGAGGCUGACAUGACAAAAGAGAGGCUUAAAGAGGAGGUGAAACAGAAGGACAUCACCAUAUCACAGCUGAGUGUCAUCUCAUCUAAGGCAAAGACAUACAGAAACAAAGCAGAUUGGCUCGACAAAGCGCUGGAUACAUUCAAGGAGCAAUUUUUGACUGUUCUCAGCAACUGAGAGCAACGGGACAGUUCACCAUGUACGGAAUUAGUGUUGUGAACAGUUCAUAGUCACUGUGGUGUAACUUCUACACACUCUGACAGAAAUACAGAGAUCUGACAGUUAUCAUGCCCAUAGAAACCAAUAGGGAGGUAUCCUGGGAUUCUUUACCUUUUACUACUAACAUAUGUUUUUUAACGCUUUUGAAGUCCCUGAGAAAGUUAAAUUUAAUGGAAGGCCUUUCUUACUAAAUUUAAGUUAUAAAGGUUUCAUUUCCAACCCUUAGGUACUGAUGAGCAGCAAACAGCAUAAAACCUCAACAGACUGCGAGUUGCUCGCAGGCUGUUCUGGUUUUAUGCUGCUUGAAAAAGCCAUUUUUCAGUUUGCUUCUAAUGGGGGAAAGGGUUAAUGAAAAGUGAACACUUGGACAGACUGUUAGCCUGGAGUGUGGAACAAUUCUGUAACUGACACAAGUGUUUAUUACUGGUAUCUUGUGGAUGUGUGUUGGAUGGAUUUUAUGCCACCCUUGUUCAAUUAGAACAGUUAUCAUGUUUUCUUGGUUGUUUGAAAUUAUUGCUUGUAGUUCAAAUUAACACAGGUUACUAGUUGCUAUCAUAUUAUUAUAGCAAUCACUUCUUUAUAAGCUGCAAUUUUUAAAAUUAACUGUCUUACAAAGUAAUAUGUGUACAUUUUUACAUGCUCAUGGGGCUGCAUUUAAAUGCACUUAAGAUUAAAUAACUGCUUCUUCUGAUGUAAUUAAGUAUUAGCUCUAACUGUGUAUAGGAGUUUGUGUAUUAAUGAUUUUUAUGUCACCAAAGGGAGGCGUAUUCUUAGUCUGUCUUUUUGUGUGGAGCAUAACUCUGGCACAAUUGAAGGAAUUCAAAUAAAACUCGAAAUCAUUAUAGAAGACUUAAAGGGGAAGUGCAAAGCAGAAGAGCUGAAACUCUCUUCAGGUUACAUAGUGUUUGCCCAGUAGUCAAUGUCCUGCAAAGAGCAGAAUUCACGUUGUGUUGUUGAUUUUGUUAUAAUAUUGUAUAUUUUGUUGAAGGACAUUAAGAGGAAGUGCAGAGUUCAAGAACCACAAACCUUGUUUCAGUAAUGUAGGAGUUAUUGCACCUUUGCUGACGUUUUGUGUUAGCCGUGUUUUGGGUGGAGAAUAUAAACCUGCAAGUAUUAAUGGUAUUCAAAUGAACUUUCACAUAUUGAUUUAUGCGUUUUAGAGAAAAUGUAGAGUACAUGGACCAUAACUCUGUCUUUAGUAUGAAAGUGUCAUUUCCAUUUGUGAAUUUGUUAGUGUGCUAAGCAUACAUUCUUAAUUGAAAUAAAUAAAAUUAAAUAUAUUGAAUGAAGAUUUCAAGAGAAACUGAAGUGAACAGGGACCAUAAUUAUUUCAAUGGUAUUAUGGAGUUCUACCCUUUGCUUAUUUUUAUUUUCAGAAUUUUCAUACAGUCUGUCAUUUUCUUUUUCAAAACAUACCUUGAAAUUAUUUUACUAAAUGGUUUAUAUAAAACUUAAUACAUUGAUAAAUGGUCAUACGAGAAAGUGCAGAGAAAAGCUAUCAUUACUAUUUAUUAAAGGAUUUAAAUUGAUCUUUAUCAUAGAAAACAUUUAGAGGAAAUGCGUUGUACAAUAAUCAUAUAUCUUGCCUUAUUUAUUUAUAUUAUUUCAUGAUUACUCUUUGUGUGAUUAAUUUCUUGUGCAAAGCAUAGCUUUGAGUCAAAAUAUUGAUUGUAAUAAAAAUUCAUCAAUCAAUAGGGGGCAGGGAUUUCUUCUCAAUACAUAAAUAAAGUAUGUUUCACCAUAAUUUUAAGAUCAAGAUCAUGCUAUAAGGUCACAACUGUAGUUUAGGGGCUUUCUGCACUUUCAGUGACAGCACCUGUCGAUCAUGUAGAAAAAAAUAAUUGGGCUAAAUUUGAUGAAUUCCCUUGUAAAUGAAAUACUGUCUUUAUCAGUUAUUGAAAAAAAUGAAAUUAAUCUCCAUAAAGUAUAAUGAUAACUUUAUUUGUGCUCAUUUUUUGUUAAGUUUUAUUAUUAUUUUUUGUUUUAGAUCUAUUCAGUUAAAGGAUUUAAUGAAUUUCUUAUACAUUUAUUCUGGAUACUGUUAGUGCUGUUUUUUAUUUUACUGUUUUUCAUUCAUAUAUUGUCAAAUGUUAAGUGAAAAAGCUUUCAUAUUAUGUGGAACUGUUUAUUGAUAUUAUAUUUUGAUUAUACUGGUUAUGACAUUUGUUAUGGCUUAACCACUUACCCUUUACAUAUUUAACCCUUUACCACUUAGAUACAUAUUUAACCCUUUACCACUUAAAUGUAUUUUUACGCAUUUGUAGUCCCUCAGAAAGAUAAAUAUAAAGACCUUUCUUACUAGAUUAAAAUUGUAAAGGCUUCAACUUCCAACCCUGAGAUACUGAUGAGCAGCAAACAGCAUAAAACCUGAACAGACUGCUAGUUACUUGCAGGCUGUUCUGGUUUUAUGCUGUUUCUGCUGUUUGCACAUAGCCAUUUUCACUUUGCUUCUGGGUGGGAAAGGGUUAACUUUUAAAGUUGAGGUAUAAUAGCCUUAGGGUAAUAAUGAAUUCAGUAAAUAGUUCAUGACAAUGUCUUGAUCAUGAAGUGUCCUUUAACAGUCUUCACAUAAUACAAGGUAAUGUUAUAACUAUUGAAGCGGCCUGAUAAACUAUGUCAGGUGCAGUGUAUGAUUAUAAGUAUACCGGUAUCCAAGAAAAAAAAUGAAAACUGCCUAUUUCAGCAAAAAAAUAGAACAGGUCUUCAAAUUUUCAGAGAAAGUGCAUUUGUAUCAACUAAAUGAUGACUAUUGGGUAUCUGAAAUUGUUUAUGACAAACCCAUUGACCCCCCACCCCCAUGUUAAAUUGUUACACAAUGAAGUUGGUUGGUUUUCUAGAUUUAAAUCUGUUACCAUAAGCAGUUUAGUGAACAUCUUUUUUUUUUAAUUUGUAGAUUUUUUAAAGAAAAUUUUGUUUGCUUGUUCAGCCUUAUAUUAUAUAUAUAUAUAUAUAUUAAUUUAAAAAGUUGUUUGACAGCUUUUUAUGUAAGCGAUUAGAAUUUAGUAAAGCCAAUAUCCUUUUGAAAAUAAUAAUUAUUAUGUAUAUAUACAUGCAUACAUGUACAUAAAUUCUUAACACUAGGUAUGUGUUAAGUAAUGUUUUAAGUCCAAUAGUGCUCAGUUUCAAUACUUCAAUGGCUGUUUGUAUGUUAUUAGUAAGCAUGUGUUCACUAAUUUUGUAUUAUUUUUUAAAUUUUGCAGCAAACUUUAUUACAUAAGUUUCUCAGAAAUGGAAUAAUAUGUAACAUUUGGAGUCAAGGAAACAGCACCUCUAUUGGCUAAAUAUAUGCUUGCACUUAGAGAACACUUACAAGUUUCUAAUUAGAAAUAGUUAUUGUGUUUGAUAGCUCCACUUGUACAAAGUACGGCUAUCAUAACAAUUAAUUACUCCUUGAUGGUAGUCAUGUUAGAAUGUCUGUAUCAUGGACCACUCUUGAUAGUUGGUUAAAAUAGAAACAAUCUUGCAUUGUUGUGUGCAAAUAUGGGUUUUGUCUUUCAUUUUUAUUUCAAUGUAGAAAGAUUUACUUUUGUUUCAACAAUGCACAUUGCCAACUAGGGCAGUAAUACUAGACCAAUAUAAUUUUUGUUUUGUAAUUCUAUUAAGGUUUGUGCUUUUCUAAUGUUACUAUUGUAAGAAAAACAAUACUCUCAUGAAAAUUUAUUGUUCACAUAAAUAAAUUAUGAAGUAUU